CUUCAUUGCCUAUAUAAAUAGAGCAAUCGACCCCGCCGUUGACUUUCAUAAACCUGAUUCCGUCUGAUUUUUCGUUCUCUUCGUCUGGCUUUCCGAACCAGAAACAGCGAUGACGGACCUCUUCAGUCCAUACAAGAUGGGCAAAUUCAACCUCUCACACAGGGUGGUGCUCGCGCCUCUGACCAGAUCCCGAGCCUUGAACGGAUUGCCACAGCCAGCGCUGGCUGAAUACUACGGACAGCGGUCGACGGAGGGAGGUCUUCUCAUCAGUGAAGCCACACCCAUCGCUCAAGAGGGAAUUGGGUUUCCACAUGUUCCUGGAAUUUACACCGAAGAACAAAUCGAAGCUUGGAAGAAAGUGGUGGAUGCUGUUCAUGCCAAGGGUGGCCUAAUUUUCUGUCAAUUGUGGCACGCUGGUCGGGCAUCCCACAAAAUAUAUCAGCCUGGUGAGGGUGCACCAAUUUCGUCAACCAACCGGUCCAUAUCGGAGAACUGGAAAAUACUCAUGCCUGAUGGAACCAAAAACAAUUUCUCCAAACCUCGAGCCUUGGAAACAUGUGAAAUUCCGAAGGUUGUCGAGCAAUUUCGUCAGGCAGCAAGCAACUCCAUCCGAGCAGGUUUCGAUGGGAUCGAGCUCCAUGCAGCACAUGGCUAUCUCGUUGAUCAAUUUCUAAAGGAUGGAAUCAACGAUAGAACAGAUGAAUAUGGCGGUUCAAUUGAAAAUAGGUGCAGAUUCUUGAUGGAAAUUGUCCAAGUGGUAGUUGCAGCUAUUGGCAGUGAUCGCGUUGCAGUUAGAAUUUCACCUGUGAUCAAUUUCGUCAAUGCCAUGGAUUCUGAUCCACUCAACCUAGGACUCGCAGUGAUCAGACAACUUAACACAUUCCAAGCUGAUAUGGGAACAGAACUUGCUUAUCUCCAUGUAACUCGACCUCGAUUUAUGCCAUCUCCUGAACAAAUUGGUACUGAAAAUGAAGAAGCCAAGUUAAUGCUGACUCUGAGAAGAGCUUAUCAAGGUACAUUUAUGUCAGCCGGUGGGUUCACUCGAGAGCUAGGGAUGACAGCUAUAGCUGACAGAGAUGCGGAUUUGAUAGCAUAUGGUCGAAUUUUCAUUGCUAAUCCUGACUUAGUAUAUAGGUUCAAGAUCAACGCACCAUUAAAUGAGUACGUCCGGGAGACGUUUUAUACUCAUGACCCUGUUGUUGGAUACACAGACUAUCCUUUCCUUGACCAAGAAAGUAAUGACGAGGACUCUGACAUGACAAAAGUUUGUUCUUGAGAGAACUAGAUUUGUAUUGACUGUCUAAAUGUGGGGUAAAAGUAUUUCGUGCAAGUCUGCUCAAUUCCUUCCUGCAAUGUUAUCUAUCUGUUUCUGUA